AUGGCCGCCCUCCGAACAUCAGCACGCACCCUUCUGCGCGCCGCGCCGUCGCUGGCCACCGCGGCCGCCUCGGGCUCGUCGCGCAUCGCCGCACCUACCGCUGUCCGAUGCCUCUCGACGAGCUCGGCCCGCGCCUCGGACGCUCUGUUCGUCCACCGCGACACCGACUACAACAACCCGGACAUCCCCUUUGAGUUCAACGCCGAGAACCUGAAGAUGGCAAAGGAGAUCAUCGGCUACUACCCGCCCCAGUACAAGAAGGCCGCCGUCAUCCCGCUCCUCGACCUCGGACAGAGGCAAAAUUCCGGCUGGACCAGCAUCAGCGUCAUGAACUACGUCGCAAAGCUACUCGAGAUGCCUCCGAUGCGCGUCUACGAGGUCGCCACCUUCUACACCAUGUUCAACCGCGAGCCGGUGGGCAAGCACUUCCUGCAGCUGUGCACGACGACGCCGUGCAUGCUCGGCGGGUGCGGCAGCACAAAGAUCCUGCACGCCAUCCAGGACCACCUCAAGAUCAAGCCGGGCCAGACGACCGACGACAAGAAGUUCACCCUCGUCGAGGUCGAGUGCCUCGGCGCGUGCGCCAACGCCCCCAUGGUCCAGAUCAACGACGACUACUACGAGGACCUGACGCCCGAGACUAUGGUCAACAUCCUCGACAAGCUCGCAAAGGGCGAAAAGGUCAAGCCUGGCCCGCAGAGCGCCCGUCACUCGUCCGAGGCUGCUGCCGGUAGGACCGCAUUGACCUCCGAGCCCUACGGUCCUGGCCAGCACUGCGUUCCGGAGUUUGCCUGA